CCUGCCCACUGAUGGAAAAAAAGAAAGAAACGAGUUCUGGUGUGUUCUGCUGCCAGUUGCAGUCCAGACUUGUCGGAGGAUAGUUGGGCCGAAACGAGAGUGUGUUAAAAACUUGACUGGUUUUCAACAACGCAACCGGAUCAUUUUGAUUUCAAAAAAUCCGCACGCGUGAAAGUGAACUCAUCUUCAUUUCCCAUUCUCAUUCUUUAUUUGUAAUUGAAAUAAAGAAUUUUAGCGAACUGUGUGGUUGGCGAAAGGAAGUUAACAUUUUUAUUCGGACAAGUUGUCAAAGGGCUCGUUAUCACCAUUGCGCCAUAUUCGCAAAACAAAUCGACGAUGGAUGCGAUUCCGCCUGACGCACCAGCCCCACGUCUCUGUCACGUUAUCAAACGACCGGAUUUCGAAGGAUUCGGUUUUAAUUUAUUUGCUGGCAAAGUGAAAACGGGCCAAUUUAUUGGCAAAGUGGACGCUGGAUCACCAGCUGAAGAUGCUGGACUGAAACCUGGCGAUCGUAUUGUAGAAGUCAACGGCGUUCACAUAGGAAACGAAAACCACAAACAGGUUGUCCAGCGGAUUAAAUUGCGUCCAAACGAGACGGAAUUAUUGGUGGUGGACGACGAAGCGGAUGAAUAUUACUCAAGUCUUGGAAUAACCAUCAAAGGCAGCCAAUCGAAUGUCAUCCGCAAAAGCAGCGCACCUGUCAUCGUUCAGCCGGCCAGAAAAAUUUCCAGUUCAUCCGAAAGCGAGCCCGAACGUCCGACGCAAGCCCGUCUGGAACAAUCGUACGCGACGAACGGCCAAAGACGCGAUUCCAGUUCAUCUGAAGAGGAGGAUUGGAGCAAUGCACCUGCACCUCGAUUGUGCCACGUCGUCAAGUGGAACGAGAGUGAUGGUUUCGGAUUCCACCUGCUGGCCGACAAGAAGCGCAAGGGCCAGUUUAUUGGUAAAGUAGACCCUGGUUCAGUGGCUGACGCUGCCGGAUUGAAAUUGGGCGACAGGAUUGUCGAAGUUAACGGACAUAAUGUGGUGGAGGAAACACACAAGCAAGUGGUUCAACGCAUCAAAGCUGUUCCCAACGAAACGAAAUUGCUGGUCAUCGAUCCGAGCGGGCAAGUGUAUUACGCCGAGCGCAACAUUACCAUCACUUCAUCCAUGCCAAAUGUUCAGAAGAUGAGAACUCCAACCACGAAACCUAACCGAAUGAAUAAUAGACCGGAUAACUUGAAAUUGGUGAUGCCAACCGAAACCAACGGCACGGCACCUCCAAAAUCUUCUCUCAAGAGAGUUGAUUCAGCUCCAGCUCCUCGUUUGUGUCACAUCGUCAAAUGGAGACAGGAUGCGGGAUACGGAUUCCAUUUGUUGGCUGAUAAGAAACGUGUCGGUCAUUUUAUUGGUAAAGUGGAUCCGAACACGCCAGCCAGUGCAGCGGGACUUAAAGUUUCUGAUCGUAUCAUCGAAGUUAACGGUCACAACGUGGUCAACGAGUCCCACAAACAGAUUGUGGAACGAAUCAAAGCCCUUCCGAAUGAAACGAAACUGUUGGUGCUCGAUCCCGAUGCCGACGUUUAUUAUAACGAACGCAACAUAAUGGUGAGCUCGUCGCAGAGCAAUGUCGUCUUCAUCAAAACACCUUGCCGCCCCACGCGCAAAGAAUGACUCAUCCGAAGAUGACGACGAUUAUGAAGUGAAACUCCGCUCCAAAGGAUCGCGGUCGCCUGCAUCGCCAUCGUCCAUUUCACCGUUAUCGUCACCAACUUCACCAACUCGGCCGCUUUCCAUGGCGACGAUAGCCGCUGCCGCCAAUUCCGGAUUGAAUUUGAACAUGUCGGCUGCUCAACUGCGAGCUCGGC